GCUCAGAAUAAGAAUGGACAGACAGCGCUGCAUAUGGCGGCGAAGAAUGGGCAUGAAGCGGUUGUUAAGCUGCUUCUCGAUACUGGCAAGGUUGACGCAGAUCCUAAGGAUAGGGCUGGACAGACAGCGCUGCAUAUAGCGGCAGAGAAUGGGCAUGAGGCGGUUGUUAAGCUACUCAGCCUUGCAUCCUAAGAGGCAGGCUUGGAGGACAACUCCACCUCGAGUCAGCCAUUCACAAUCUUUCCUCCUGCAAGAAUUGAUCUUAGUUUACUCCCCAGCCUUUAUUGUUUACUCCCUAUUGCUUCCUAUCGUAUUGGAAGUCCUCCUAGUCGUCGUACAUCUCAACAGCAACGCUGGAGGGACCGCAAUGGCAAUAUCACGCAGAAUGUAUUCGCAGCAGUCAAAAGUGAAAGAACCUUCUCGUAUAUUCU